GAAAACUGGAUUUUAUGUUACCUAUAACAAUUAUUUAUGCUGCAGUUAUACAGCAUUCGGCUAAUUUGAUCAAAUAAACUUAUCAAUUAUCAAUCAAUGGUCACAUCAAAACCCACUCAAAAUCGAGGUGACAUGGAACAAGAGUGCCUAGGUGAUGUGUGACGUAUUGUGACAACGAGCAAUGAAAAUGACAUUUUGAGACCUCAAGAGAGUAAACGUGGAUAAACCCGUACUUCUGUCCGCCAUCAUUGUUAUUAUUGUACAGACGAAUUAGGUAAACAUUUUUCGAAUCUGGCUUUUCACACGAGCUUUGUCUCUGUCGGCAUUCGUGUUAACUGGAUUUUUGCCUAAUCUGUUGUCUCUGUGGAGCAUUUAAGUAUUCAUAGCUAGUGUAAGUUGAUCAUCCAUUUUGAAGUGAGUAUGUUCAAACCCCAAUAUCUGGGAUUAACCGCCUUCAGCCUAUCCAUACCUUGACUAUAAUUGGUCUUACCCAAUCAUCAUGGUCAUAUUCCAUCAAGUUUACAGUUUAGCCUAGUCAUACGGUUGAGUUGCCUAAUAUGCGUGUUAUUCAAUAAUAUGGAAUUGGAAUGAAAAUGGCGGAUUAAAGGGUAGUGUAUGACAUUCGAUUUUGGUCAUCUUCUUUCCUCGUCUGUCAUCUGUAUUUGCCUCGUUGUUUUGUGUUUGUUUAUUUCUAUUUUGUUAUUGAACGGUGCCCAAAACUUACGCAACUGGGAGGAAAAUUGGUCACAAUGAAUGCUGUUCAAAUAGCAUGUCGCCGUGUUUUCGGUACCUCCUCACAGUCCCCUGUUCAGAGAGUCAUUAAUUCAAGGGCUUAUUCAAAUGUAAUUGAUCCACCUGAUGAUGGAAUCGUUGAAAUACCAAAGCCCAAAUCUAGAGAAAAUGAGCCAAUGAAGCAAAGGAAAGCAAGGUUGCUGUAUCAAUCAAGAAAGCGUGGUAUGCUUGAAAAUGACUUACUGCUCAGUACAUUUGUACAUAAACAUUUGGAUUUGUUCAGUGAGACACAAGUAGAAUUGUAUGAUAGCUUGAUAAAUGGGCCUUCAAAUGAUUGGGAUAUUUAUUACUGGGCAACAAAUAUAAAGCCCACACCGAAGCAGUAUGACCAUGAAGUAAUGGACUUACUGAAAAUUCACUGCAAAAAUUUGAACAAGGAGCUCAGAAUCAGACAACCUGAUUUGUGAAAAAUGCUUAUUAUUUAAUUUAUUCUGUAUUUUUAGUAGGUUGUAUUAAAUUGUUGGUGUUUGAA